AAGACUAUAAUUUGACAAAAGCCAUAUUUUCUGUUUAUUUUGGUGUACCCUCUCUAAGGAACUCCAGGACUGUUUUGGGGGAGGGGGAGAGAGAGAGAGGCCUGACUGAAAUCCACAGCAAAACUCCACCUGUGUGCAGGACAGGAGCCAGAAGACUCUUUAGUCUGGACAAUAGCACUCGUUUCUUGGCUAAAGUCUACUUUGAACUAGACAAAAACAGUCAAUCCUCCUCCACAGUUGUUUAUUUAUGUACAAGAGUGUUCCGGAGGAACAUACAAAUUGGAAUUGGGCUGCUACUCACAGCUCUGGCACAACAAACCAUCAGAAAGAGUGGGAUUUUGAUAGAGGGAGGGAAUAUCGACAAAGAGAGUCACAUAGACUGCUGGUAUUAUGAAGGCUCUUGAAAAGAACCACGGGCGAACGGAUCAGAUUUUGGGUGCUAUGGCGGAUAUGUUGACCUCUCUGGCAAUACCCAAUCAGCAGUGGAACUCUGAGAGUAUUGAGCACCUGAAUGUGAAACAGGACCAGAAGACAACACAACAACCACCAUGGAACACAGAGGCAUUCCAAUGGGAGGAUACGUUGCCCCGGGACAGACUGGAAAGACAACAAAGAGACAGAGCAAACUCAUACUCAGCCGCUGGCAGUGAGGGCAGUAUCUCCACCUCGGUGGCCUCUCUGCCUCCCCAGGCAUCGGGUAGUUCGGCCCCAAACUCCCCCGGCUCCCGUCGCUCUGUCAGCACCCUGAAGAAGUGGCUGACCAAUCCGGUGCGUAAACUGAGCACCGGGGCAUCUGGAGUGACCAAGGGGGAGCGGCAGGUCUGCAGACUGGAGGGCAAAACCCCACAGCAACCCACCAUGAGCAGCCAAGACCUGGGCAACCCACAAACAACAGAUGAGCAAUUCACCAUCCUGCCAGUAAUAGAUAAAGAGCUGGAGUGGAGAGAUGGUUUUUCUGCUCCAGGCAACUGUGAUCCAGGUAUCUUGCAGUCUCACAGCUACCAGUCUGACUCUCCACAGGGAUCUACAGCACUAGGACAAACACAGAUCACCCAGUGCACCAUCCUACAGGCUGAUGACUCCAUGUUGAUGGAUGACAAUUCCAGCCAAUCAUCAGGCACCAUAGACAGUGAAGAGGAUCGGAGGAGUGCCUUAGAAAAAAGCAUGUAUGUUCUGAAGGAACUUAUAGAGACAGAGAAGCUUUAUGUAGCUGAUCUAGGACUUAUUGUGGAGGGUUACAUGGCCACUAUGAAUGCAAAAGGAGUUCCAGAAGACAUGAAGGGAAAAGACAAAAUAGUGUUUGGGAAUAUUCAUCAGAUCUACGACUGGCACAAAGAUUAUUUCCUGGGUGAGCUGGAGAAAUGUGUUGCCGAGCCUGAGCGACUGGCCCAACUUUUUAUCAAACAUGAAAGACGGCUUCAUAUGUAUGUGGUCUACUGCCAAAACAAGCCUAAGUCUGAGCACAUUGUGUCAGAAUACAUCGAGACCUACUUGGAGGAGCUGAAACAGCAGCUGGGCCACAGGCUGCAGCUGAAUGACCUGCUCAUCAAACCCGUACAGAGGAUCAUGAAGUACCAGCUGCUGCUGAAGGAUUUCCUGAAGUACUACACAAAGGCUGGGAUGGACAUUGAAGAACUGGAGAAAGCAGUGGAGGUGAUGUGUUUUGUUCCUAAGCGCUGCAAUGACAUGAUGAACGUAGGUCGGCUGCAAGGCUUUGAGGGCAAGAUCACAGCACAGGGAAAACUACUCCAGCAAGACACAUUCACAGUAACAGAACAGGACAACAGCUUCCUUUCUCGUGCUAAAGAGAGGCGGGUCUUCCUCUUUGAACAGAUUGUCAUCUUCAGUGAGCCAAUAGACAGAAAAAAAGGGUUCUCCCUACCUGGAUAUAUUUUCAAGAACAGUGUUAAGAUAAGUUGUCUGGGAGUGGAGGCAUGUGUUGAGGGUGACCCAUUUCGCUUUGCCCUGACUUCUCGUGGGGCUGAUGGUAGUACAGUGCGGUUUGUUUUGCACUCCUCAUCCCAGGACAUUUGCAAGGCCUGGGUCAGUGAUGUAGGCCAAAUACUGGAGACCCAACGCAACUUCCUCAAUGCUCUGCAGUCGCCCAUUGAGUACCAGAGAAGGGAGAGUAAAAGUAACAGUUUGGGCCGUAGCAUGAAGCCUCCUCUGUCAGCAACGGCUGGACUUAGGCCACACUCCUCAGCAUCAAUCGAUCGACACAAACUACCCUGCCUUCGCUCCUGUAACACCUCAUUGCCCUCAAUCUUUCUACCCAGUCAGGCCCCCAUUGACGCCCACUCACAGCCAGAGUCAACACAAGUCCAGAGCUGUCUGGUGGACUCCAGACUGAAUUCCCAGACAGUGUCUCCAACUCAUGUGCAGCUGGCUUUCUCUGAAGAGCCCUCUUUCUCCCAGGCACCUUUGAACUACCAGGCUGCAGUUGCCAAUGGACUGUAUUCUUCUAGCACAAAAGGAACACAGAGCUCUGCAGAUGGUGGUUGCAGAUCUUCACCAAGAGAGGGCCAUAUCGCUGUUCUUUCCUCCACUCCUCAGCGUUCAAGUAACUUGGCCCAGCUUGAUGAGGACGACCUGUGAACCCUGAAUGAAACAGAGUGAAUGGAAAUAAACGUUAAUCUGACGUGUGCACCAGAGCAUGCUGCAGUCUGAACUUCAUCACUAGUGGACUGUAUUAACGUCUCUUACCUUGUGGUAUUCUUCCUAAACCUGUGAUGCGAAUUACCUUGUGACAUUUUUUUCCUUCUUUCUUAUCUUUUUUGUUCUUUUUUUUGCAUUGUUUCCUUUUUGUUGUCUUUUUAAAGAAGUUGUGUUUUUUGUUCAAAGGAAUAAUCAACCAUUCCUAUAUAUAUUGGGAGGCCACUGGAGCAGAAACCAGAGUAAACAUAGUUUGAGGGUAUGAUUAUGCAUUUCUGUGUAUAUGUCUGUUUUGGUGUGUGUGGUUGUAUGCUAAAUGCUGAUGGCUUCAUCCUUGUAAACAUACUGAAAGUUUUCCAUCAGAGAUGUGUUUUGAAAUCAGAGAACAUAGUAUAAUAUGAAUAUAUAAGGGUUUGUAUGGGGCCCGCGCUGGAUUUUUAAGGUUUCGCACAAUUGGUGCCUCUUUACAAAAGUUUUCUUUCUAUCCUGCCUGUACUGAAUGCUCUUCUAGGCUGUGUGAACUCUUAGGAGCCAAGGGGAAACAGACUCUUAAUGCAACUAAUUUGUAUAUACCGUAUGUAGAGGAAUGAUCUGUGCAUGGAGACACAGAGGCUCUGCUUUCUCUUUCCUGAUUGUAUGAGAUUCUUAUUCACAUGUAACAACUGCUACGGAUUGACAUAAGAGAUCACAUGCAGUAUGAGGACAUGCUCAAAGGAAGGACAUACUGUCUGCUUGAGAGAUGCACUGGACGGCAAUUAUCAUGGCAGAAAAUGACAAUAUGAAAGUGUUUGACCUGUGGUUAAAUUACCCAUUUUGGCUUCUAUUGCCCACCAUCCCUGAAAUGCACACUGUGUGGCUUACUGUGCAUGUCUCUUGCUACAAAAUGAGGUUUCCAAAAACAGAACAAUGUUAGAGACACAAAAAAUUGCUUAAUGAAGGCCAAAGUUUAAAUGUUAUAUCAUAAUGUGCCAUAGAGCAGGUGCCAGUACCCUUUAUAAAAAAUGAAGGAAAUCUUAGACAUUAAAUGUUAUGUCAUUGAAUUGAAGAACACAAGAUUAACCGGUUGCUUUAAUUAAUGGGAAAAUGUUCUCAUAUGACAAUGUGGGAAAAAAAUAAAUAUGUUUUUUUUUUUCAAAGUUGAAAACACAUUUAGUUUACUGGUUAUGUGUUUUGUUUUGUUGUUUUUUAUGCAAACUUGCUUAGAUAUAUUUUUAUGACAAACCAAAUCAAAACUUUGAAAGAUGAAUGAAAUUAUUAAUGAUUGAGUCUGAAACAUACAGUUGGUUAUAAAAUGUUAGACACAUCUCCAAAGAAGGGAUGGUAUGAGUUUGGUAUGGGAUGUUGAAGCAAGAUCAAAAAGCACUUUCACCCUGUUUAGCUCAUUGCACAUUUCUUUCCAAGAGAGGGCGCCAGAGAGCUUUUAGCAAUUAGCAUUACCUGCAUAACGAAUUGGUCUUUUACAAUUAGAAAUUUAAAACCAACUUUAGAACUUCAAAUUACAACUCUGCACCAAAGGCUUUACUCUUCGCAUGUUUAAGAUCUGCUCGCAUAAAUAUCCUGAAAAUGAUUGUAACAAACUUCUCUUGCCUUGUCGUAAUAUUCAAACUUAUUUGAAAAUCAAAUCGUUUGACAUAGCCCUGUAUAAACUGAAAGCUUUCAUGUACUGCCUUUCCACAUAUGUGGAUUUCAAUCUUACAAUGUUGCAUGCUACUUUAAAGAACACCUCUAGAUAAUGAAGGAAAUGAAAUGGACAUGUUAUAUGUUUAUGUGACAAAACCUAUUGUUGUAUUAUAUCAAAUUAAACCAUGUCCUUUUGGAA